CUCUCCAUUGUUGGAAACCUGCUUGUCAUCAUAAUGGCAGUCAAAAGGUCAUCAAGGAUGAAACCACCAGAGCUGCUGAGUGUGAAUCUGGCAGUAACCGAUUUGGGAGCAGCUAUCACCAUGUACCCUCUGGCUGUGGCCUCUGCCUGGAGCCACCGCUGGCUUGGAGGAGACACUACCUGUAUAUAUUAUGGCCUAGUGGGGUUCUUCUUUGGCAUUGCCAGCAUCAUGAACCUGACUGUGAUGGCCAUCGUUCGGUUCGUUGUGUCUCUCAAUCUGCAGUCUCCUAGGGAGAAAAUCACUUGGAGGACAGUGAAGGUGCUGUGCAUGUGGAUCUGGCUGUAUGCUCUGAUCUGGGCUAUGUUUCCCAUUAUGGGCUGGGGACGGUACGGUCCCGAGCCCUUCGGCCUGUCCUGCUCUCUUGCCUGGGGACAAAUGAAACACGAAGGAUUCUCUUUCGUCAUUUCUAUGUUUACUUUGAACCUCGUCACUCCUUCUUUCAUCAUCAUAUGCUGCUACUUUGGCAUCGCCAUCAACCUCUUUUUCACCUACAAAAAGUCAAUGAACAACAGCAACAGAAUCCCAAAUAUCAUCAAACUCCAUCGGAGGCUGUUAGUCAUAGCUGUGCUGGUCAGCUUAGGCUUCAUGGGCUGCUGGUCACCGUAUGGCCUCGUGAGCUUAUGGUCAAUUUUUCGUGACAGCAGCACCAUCCCCCCUGAAGUCAGUCUCCUGCCGUGCAUGUUUGCAAAGAGCUCCACUGUAUACAAUCCUUUGAUCUAUUACUUCUUCAGCCACAGCUUCAAAAGGGAGGUGAAGCAGAUAUGCUUGCAGUGCAUGGGAUCAAAUUCAUGUCAUGUCUCCAACAGCAUCAAUGACAACAGCAUCUAUAUGGUUACUAUGGACAUGAAGCACAAAGCAGAAGUUUCGACGGCUCUGCAGAGAUCGCUGAGUCAAAGCCAAUGACUUUUCCUUUAAAGACUUUUUUGGACAAACUUGGGAAUAUCUAUUUUACUCUUCAACAAAGACUUUGUUGUGUGCUGUGCUGUUAACUGCAGAAAAAUGAGCGGCCUCAUAAUAUGUUAUUUCACAAACAUUAUCAGGGUAGAUAGUGCUUCUAUCACAUGACAAGUGGAGUAACACUAGCCUCCUUUGUGUGUGGCACUACGAAUCAGACAGUGUGUUUGCACAAUAUGUUUAAUGCUGUGAAGGUUCAGCUAGCUAAGCUUAAGAUUAGUGUUAACACUGUUCUAACAGGGUUAAAUUCACUUAAAAAUUGUGGCUCAGAUGUGUGAAAGAGAGAAGGAUUAACUGAAAUCAUGCAUUUGUACACAUUCUCCAAAGGUCGUACAGCAGAAUAUGACAAAAUGUUUUUUUGAGCACAGACAUAAAAAAUGUUGUUUACUGAAAUGCUUAAGGUUUAAGCUGUGAUAGAUAAUUGUUUGUAUGCCGGUUUUCUCUAUUUUUGUGUCACCAAGCAGUGUUUAAUGGACAAAGAAAAAAAUCACUCACUCCUUCUGUUCAGGAGCACCAUACCCAUUUACUGAAUGUGCUAAAUAUUUUAUUUACAACAUUGUUUCAAGCUGAUUUUUCAGAAGUGCAAAAAGUUUACAAAAAUGUAAAAUAAUGUCCAGGUCUAAAGUAAGAAGCUAGCCUUAAA